GUUAUAACCAAUUGAUCCAUCUGAUCUAGAUUAUUCUAUACAAAGCUCAUCAUCUAUGCCUUUCGCUCAGCUAGGAGCUUGCAUGAUGUCGCGGGUUGCCCCAUCGCUUCAACGUGGGAUUUCCUCGCACCGCUUUCAGGGCUCGUGGAUGGUGGGCAUUUCAGCGGGUUCGAUGGGGCAACGCUCCAGGGCAACAUCGUCGCUUGCUGCCGUCCUAGGAGGCAACGGCGGCCCGGGCUCGAACGGCAACGGGCGAGGCGGUAACACCGGCGGCAACGGUGGCAACCAACACGGCCCCUCCGGCGGCAACAGUGGCAGCAGUGGCGGCAGCUGGGGUCGUGUCGCGGCGCUUGCUCUCGCAGGCGGUGUGCUUCUGUGCGGGGAGGGAGCCGCAUGGGCCGCUCGCGGUAAGGCGGCGGUGGCAGAACCGGUGGCCCCGCCGGAACCUGCAGCUGCUGAUAACGAGAUCACGGUUGAGAAGGUGACGGAGCUGUUCAUGAAGCUGGCGGCGCCCAUCCUGACCAACCUGGGCUUCAGCGGCUGCGUCGGAGCUGUGGCGGGGUAUGCGCUCAAGAAAGUGGGUCAGUUUGUGGCGCUGUGUGUGGGCCUUACGUUCCUGCUGGUGCAAGGCCUUGCCUACACGGGCUUCAUCACCGUCAACUGGGCGCACGUGCACCGGACCGUUUUGAACGUGCUUGACGUCAACAAGGACGGGAAGGUGGAUGCCGAAGACUUUAAGCCGCUGGUCAGCCAGGGCCUUGCUGCACUCUCGCAAGGCGUUCCGAGCGCUGGGGGCUUCCUUGCAGGAUUCAUGUACGCAAUCCGCAGCUUUUAAAAGUUUGAGACAGUGAAUAGACUCUGGGGGAGUGUUAACAGAGCGGCCGCAAGGCCUUGGCUGGACAAGGGAAUGCAGGCGUGCUGGUAUAUUGUUUAUAUCUGUUACGAGUGCCCUGGUAGCUGUUGACGUGUCUAGGCUGUACGGCAUGUUUCCUGUGUAUACUCCAAUUUAUUACUGCAUGACGAGCGAUUCAUCUGCAAGUAUGGUGAGAAUCCACGUCCUAGGUAGUGUAGAGUGAUGGAGGUGGUGCAUUGUUGCCAAGAUCAUGCGCACCGGGAGAAGUGCGUCCGUACCAUCUGCCGUGCUACUGCCGUUUUGGCUUUAGCCUUUUGCCACAACUUAGCUGUAUAGUUCCUUCUUACCGUUAAGGACAUAGGUUUGCUUUUACCAGUCCCUUAGGUAUAAUCUUUUUACCAAGAAGUUCCAACGAAGUUCCACGGUCGCCUGUGCUUGCAACAGUUUGUAACAAGUUUUUCGUUCGGCCAUCUUGUAAGCUUGCUUCAUGAUCUGGAUGCAUACACGAAGGAAUGUCGGACGUAGAGGAGGAGAUUCAGAAGCUCCAUAAUGAAAUAUCACGGUUUCUGGAUGAGGAGGGCGGAGGGGACAGUGGCGAUGAGGACGUCGAUGUGGCCCCAGCCGCUCGAGCAAGGCCGGGCUCCAUCACGCCGAUGGGUGUGCGGGUGGACCGGGGCUCCGGAUUGUUAGGCGCUCAUGGCACGACUGCCACCCUGGGUGAGAUGGAUGCCGUGCUCAGCAACAUCCGCGCGUGGAAACAGAAGCAUGAGCGCGAGAUGCUGGAGAUGCGGCAGCGCAGCGAGCAGGCGCUUGCGGAGGCGGACACCAACCCAGAGCUCCCAGCUAAGUCAGCCCAGUCGCACACAGACGAUGGUGCUGCUGGCCCCCUGCUGCGGCCUGGCUCCGGCUCUGCUUCCUGUCCUGGCAAGCGUGCCCAUGGUGGGGCAGCUGCGGCUCCCGCUGCUGCUGCUGCUGCUGCUGCUCCCGAGGAGCCCUUGCAGCUGCUGUCCCCGCCUGCAGAGUUGGGGUUGGAGGAGGAAGAGGAUGAGGACCUCCGGGAGUUGCUGAGGGAGCGGCGGGAACGGCAGCAGCGGAUCCUUUCUGCGCACAGGCAGCCGUGGCAUCCGCAGCCGCAACGGCAGCAGCAGGCGGGCGAGCAGACGCAGGGGCAGCAAGACCUCCGGUUGCGAAUUGGAGAGGGGCCAGAAGGGCUAGAAGGUCGAGGGCAAGGGUACGGCCAAGGGCUCAGCUGUGUGCCCAGCAGUGCAGCCGCGGGCGAGGGCGGCGGGAGCGUCAAGGAGCUCAGCGCCUGUCUGGCCCCGCCGCCACCGGCGUCCAUGCUGCGAGGUUCUUCCUCGCUAGGACGAGCACCCCACCCUGAUCCACUUCCCCGUUCAGGCGCCCCGCCAUCAGCCAAGCGCCCCUCCACCGCAGCCCGCAAGCAGGCGGAGGCUGCUGCCACCGCGGCGCUGUUGCGAGGUCAGCAGCUGCUUGCUGAACUGGAGGCGGAACUGCGGGAACUGGAGGAGGGAGGGUCGGGGCCAGCCGGGGCGGGGGCGGCGGUUGGAAGAGGAGGGCAGGCUGGCUUGGGGAG